GAGCUCAUGAAGAUAGGUUGUCAUUGGUCCAAUUUAAAAUGGCAGACUUUCAUAGAGGUCUUCUUAUGCAAUAAAUAACAAUAAAUUUGUUUGCUCCUUGCAACAGAAUAAUUUGUUGAAAACUAGUUGAAAUGGGCGAUUCCCUUCGACGAGAGGUCCUACGAAUAUUUAAGAUACUUCACAGAACAAGAUUAAGAACAUUUGAAGGCGAUGACCAUGCAUUGCAAGUUAUUAGAAGUAAGAUAAAUGAAGAAUACAGGAAAUAUAAAAAUGUUACUAACUCGGCAGCCAUUGAAGAGUUGAAUAGAUAUGCACUGGAAGUCGACCAUGAAAUACGAACAACUGUUAUCCAAGCGGUCGAAACAGCACCUGGGAGACUAGCAUUGCGAAUCACUCCAGAUGUCUUGAUAGACAACGUGCCGUACAAAGAUCAGGAAGAUAAUUCAGGCAAAGAAAAUAAAAGUCAACCGGAAUGCGAAAAAUCUACGACACCAAAGAGUACCAAAUGAUGAUGAAAGAUGACUGACUAGGGUUAAUCGAAAAAACGCUUUAUUAUUAUUAUUGAUUGUGAAUACUUGAUUAUUUAAAGGCCUUAUAAAUUUUUGUAAAUAUCAUUUUGUAUCAUAAGUGUAAAGGAUAGGAAGAAUACGUUGCAUACGAAUUAUAUAUACAGAUUUCGUUGUC